AUGCCGCAGCCUGUGCCCUCAACAUGGCGGCGCCUGCGCCGCUCACAAAAUGGCAGCCAGGCGGCGCUUCUAGAACCUUCCCAAGGCGGAGGAGAUGCGUUUCGGGGUGCURUGUACCUUGGUGCGGCGCCCACGGCUCCCAGUGAGGCUCAAGAGCCCAGAGACGCCCACAUGAGGGUGGCAGGACCCCCGCCGCCCGCCCUGAAGCUGAAGGAGGGGAACAUGAGGUGGCGCACGGUGGCCUUGCUCCUCACGCUGGGGGUGUCCAUGGGCACCUCGGCGGCUCGCGCCCACCGCAGCGCCGCCGGCUGGCACCCGCCGCGGGGCUACGCCACCUACGAGAUCGUGCGGCCGCGGCAGCUGCGGCCCUGGGCAGGGCGCGCCGUGGCGGGCGAGGCGUCCUACGCCAUCGCGGUGGAGGAGGAGAACUGGGUGGUGCACCUGAGGAGGAGGAGGGGGCUGCUGCUGCCCAACCUGCCCGUCUUCACCUACGGCCCCGCGGGGGACCGGCUGCUGGAGCAGCCCCACGUGCCCGAGUGCUACUACCAGGGCUACGUGGAAGGCCGCCCCGGCUCCCUGGUGGCGCUCAGCACCUGCACAGGGCUGCGGGGGCAGCUGCGCGUGGGCAACCGCAGCUACGGCAUCGAGCCCGUGCCGGGGUCCCUCACCUUCCAGCACCUCCUGUAUCGCAGGGAGGAGAGCCCAGACAUGGCUCUGACGUGUGGCUUGACCCAAGCCACGCUGCAGCAACAGGAAGGCAUUCGCGCCAAGUUCAGCGCGCAGGACUACCUGCAGCGGCUGAAGCACACCAGCUACGUGGAGAUAUUCAUGGUGGUCGACCACUACCUGUUCUCCUUCUACGGGAAGAACGAGAGCGCCGUGGUACACCUCGUUGUGGACACCAUCAAUUUGUCGGAAACGUACUACUACCCCCUCAAGGUUCGCAUCUGCCUCAUYGGCAUCGAGAUCUGGACCCACAGCAACCUCAUCGGAUACAGUCAGGACAUUGAGUACGUCCUGGGCAACUUCAACACUUGGGCGAGCCAGGAUCUCUCGCGGAGGAUGAGUUACGACCUCACGCAUUUAUUUACCUACAGGGACUUUGGAUUUGUUGUUGGGCUGGCGUAUGUAGGCAGCAUUUGCUACCCUGGUUAUAACACAGGCCUCGUGACACGUAUACGAGGAGACUUUGUCACCUUUACCAUUAUUUUUGCCCACGAGGUGGGCCACAAUCUGGGGAUGGAGCACGACGCAAAGGACUGUGUGUGCGGCAAGGCCACUAAAUGCUACAUGACCGACGAGUCGCUGGAAGACAGCAAGGCCUUCAGCAACUGCAGCGUUAAGAGCUUCCUCGACCUGCUCCAGAGGGGAGACGGCAACUGCCUGCGCAACGUCCCGGAGCCUCACAGACUCUUCUACUACAAGCUCUGCGGCAACAAGGUGAUAGACGAGGGGGAGCAGUGCGACUGCGGGAGGCCGCUGGACUGCCRAGACGAUCCCUGCUGCGACCAAAACUGCCGCCUGAAGCCAGGAGCCGUCUGCUCCACGGGGCAGUGCUGCCAGAACUGCCGCUUCCGCGCCGCGGGGCACAAGUGCAGGGCGGAGACGGACGAGUGCGACCUGCCCGAGUACUGCAACGGGACGUCCGAGUGGUGCCCCGUGGAUUUCUACGUUCACGACGGGACGCCGUGCAGCGACAACGGCUCCUGCUACCAGGGAAAAUGUGCCACCCAUGACAACCAGUGCAGGAAGAUCUUUGGGAAGAAAGCCCGGGGUGCUCCAGAAAGCUGCUUCAAAAARCUGAACGUGAAAGGGGAUCGAUUUGGCAACUGCGGGGGCGAUGGGACCUCAUUGGCUUUUGUGGGGUGUAAACCCCAAAACGCUCUGUGUGGAAGGCUGCAGUGCACAAACAUAAAGAGAAUACCCUUCCUGCAGGGGCCUGAAACCAUCAUUCAGACACCAGGGCCCCAGGGCUGGUGCUGGGGCACAGGCUUCCACGCUGGGRUAGACAUACCUGACAUCGGAGGAGGCCUCGACGGCACCAAAUGCGGUCCGCAGAAGAUCUGUGUCAACAAGACAUGCCAAGAUGCCGCGACCAGGAAAAACUGCGAUCCAAAGGUUUUGUGCCACGGAAAAGGGGUUUGCAACAACCUUGAGCACUGCCACUGCAAGGCUGGCUGGGCGCCUCCGGACUGCCAGUUCCACGGGCUGGGAGGCAGCAUGGACAGCGGCCCGCCGCCCCCGCUCUCCAUCUCCUUUUCCGAGGUUGCCCAAAACAAAGCUUUUGGGACCGCAAUAGGGGUCUCCAUUGCUGUUGUCCUCCCUCUGAUCGCUCUCGUCGCUGUUGUGAUCAAAUACAAGAAGGCAAUAGUUGCGUUCUGCGUUAGAAGACUGGCCUAAAAGGGAACUAAGAUUGCUGCAGGGGAGGAGCAGAGUGUCUAAAAAGAUGACAAUGU